GCUGGUUCGUCUAGAGAUUAUGUCUAAUGCCCUGGGCAAGAGGAAGGAGAGAGAGGAAGAGGGUCAUGACAAUGAGCACAAGCCUCAUGGGUCUACGCUCUUCGUCUCAAACUUGCCGUACUCCGCCACAUCCACUGAUCUGAAGACUCUGCUCUCGGAUAUUGGGCCCGUGAGGACUGCCUUUGUUGUUCUUGAACAGGGGACCGAGACGUCAAAAGGUGUCGGCUACGUUUCCUUCGCAAUCCGCGAAGAUGCCCAGCUCGCAUUUGACAAAGUCAAUGAGCCUGAGGGCCUGAUGCUGGACGGCAGAAAGUUGCGGGUGCAAUGGGCGGGUGGCAAGCCCCACAAGGACGAGAAGCAGGCUUCCGACAGCCCAGUCAAAAAAGAACCAAAGCCUGCUAAGGUUCCGAAGAUCAAAGAGCCUAUCGGCCUCCGCGACCCUAACGCCAUCCGUACGAUCGUCAUCACCGGUCUGCCACAGGGUAUAGAUUCGAAAGCGCUGUGGAAGAAGGUGCGCAAGUACGAUGGCGCGGAGAAGGUCGAGUACCCCGCAAAAAUUAACGACGAAGAAGACUCUUUCACAGCCCAUGCACUCUUCUCCACACCUGCAGCUGCACAAGAGGCUGUCUCAAAAUUGCAUGCGCACGUAUUCAAGGGCGCGCUGCUCUCCGUUACCCUCAAAAAGCGUCUCGAAGGCCUUGCGAAAGCCCCGAGAAAGAUGGCUACCAAAGACCCGUCAUCCUCCGAGGCCCCGGUGGGGAUUCCCGCUCCGAGUAGAGCAAGCCGACUCAUCGUCCGCAACCUGCCCUUCGACAUCACCGAGCCUGACUUGCGCGCCGUCUUCCUGCCUUACGGCCCCAUCUACUCGAUACACAUCCCCCUCGCCGAGCCCACUGGGCCGAAGCACGAAGAGACUGGUGAGGCUUCGAAACGUCGUACAAAAGGAUAUGCCUUCGUAUGGUACCUCAGCAAGAAGGACGCGGAGAAGGCGUUGGAGAAUGCGAACGGGACGAAGGUCUACGCUGGUAUGGCGGAUGGCCUUGUGCGCGACAAGCAAAAGAAGAAGAAACUAAGGCGCGAGGAGGCAAAGAUUAAGCAGAAGGAGAAAGAGCGGAAGGCGAAGCCAAAGGGGAGGGCGGCAGAGGAUGAUGAGGAAGAGGACGGAGAAGAGAGUGGAGUGGAAGAGGAGCAUGGAGUGGAACGGGUCAUUGCGGUGGAUUGGGCGCUGAGCAAGGAUAAGUGGGAGGAAGCGAAGGCGAAACUGCAAGAAGACAGCGCGCUGAGAGGCGAGGGAGAGGUCAACAGUGAGAAUGGGGACGAGAAGAACGGUUCGGAUGACGAUGAUGAUAGCUCAGACGAAGAUGGUAGCCAUAUUGGCGUGCAUGAUGAUUCAGGUGACGAGAGUGGAUCCGAGUUGGGCAAUAACGACAGUGAGGACUCGAUGAGCGUCGACGAAGAAGACGCGAAGCCUGGGCGACCACAGCUACCGCCGCCAGAAGUUGGCACCACCGUCUUCGUGCGUAAUGUUCCGUUCGAGGCUACCGAAGACGAGCUUCGAGCUGUCUUUCGGGCCUUUGGUCCUCUGCGGUACGCCAAGAUUGCUGUAGAUCAUGAAACAGGCCGGUCGCGAGGUACCAGUUUCGUCUGCUUCUGGAACAAGGAACAUGCGGACAAGGUCAUUGAGCAGAGCGAGAUUCUCCGCAAAGAGACCAUGGGUGCCGAGGCACCGACGGUACAACCUAAAAAGAAUCCCUUCAAGCUUCCCUCCCUCCUCACACCUGAUCCAUCUGCUUCAGUCGCACAGAACCUCGUCCUUCAUGGUCGCACAAUGGACGUUAUUCGUGCUGUGACAAGGGAAGAAGCAGGGAAGUUGAAGGAAGCGGGUGAGAGACAGCGAGAGAAAGCUGACAAGCGCAAUCUAUACCUUCUCAGAGAAGGCAUCAUUCUACCCAGCACAUCCGCGGCCGAAGGCUUGCCUUCUGCCGAGAUCGAGCGGCGCACGAACUCCUUCAACGCUCGGCGCGCAUUGUUGCGCUCCAACCCUUCUCUCUAUGUUUCACGGACGCGUCUAAGCGUCCGACAACUGCCCUUAAUCGUGACCGAGCGCAUACUCAAGCGCUUGGGUAUACAUGCUGCUCGGGCAUUCGAAGCCGAGGUCAAGGCUGGCACGAGGAACGGCCUGACUGAAGACGAGCUCAUGGAACCCCUUGUGGACGCUGAAGAUACCGAAGCGCUAUCAGCGAAAGACAAGGGCAAAGCAAGGGCAGACAAGAAGGGUAGCCGCAACACUGGGGUCAAACAGGCCAAGAUUGUACGGCAACAGGACCGCGUAGACCCAGUCACUGGCAAAGGGCGCAGUAGAGGCUACGGUUUCCUCGAGAUGAGUAAGCAUGCUGAUGCACUACGCGUGCUGCGUUGGGCGAACAACAAUCCGGAGGUCGGCAAGUUAUUCGAGCAGUGGUGGAAGGAGGAACUCGAAGAUCUCAUCAAGAUCGAGAAGGAGAAGGAGAAGAAGGAGAAGAAGGAGAAGAAGGGGGAAAGUCGACUCGGGCGGCUGAAGGCUGAGCUUGAGGAAGGCACAACGAAGCGCGCUAGAGGCACUUUGAUUAUCGAGUUCUCGAUCGAGAAUGUCCAGGUCGUCAAGCGGCGUGUGGCUCAUCAGCAGGAGCAGCAAUCGGGCACCGAUCCGGCUGAACAAAAGAAGAAAGGGCAUCGGUCGUCUCUCCCUGAGGUCAAGAAAGAGGACGACAAAGACCGGCCGAAGAGCAAGAAACGGCAUGUCUCAGACCCUCCCAAGGCCGCGGUCAAGGCUGAAAAACCUGACCACAGGUCAAGCGACAAGAUCGGGUCGUUCAUAGGCAGAAAGCGCAAAGAACGUAAAGCGAAGAGGAAGGCAUAGAUUGGGUACGCAAUAUUUCGUAUCACGGUGUCUUCCUUGCAACUAGCUUGCAAACGUCGCGACUUCUGCUUUGUAUUCCGGUACGAACAUUAUCCAUGUUUCGCAGCCUGAGCGUAAGAGGACCUCUGA